GAAGCACAUUAGACCAUUAUUUCUGUCACCAUCAUGCAUAUAGCUGGACUUAAAAGGAUUUGCAAACUUUAACAGUGAGGAAAGAAGGACCAACUUAAAGGUGUUGUGUUUGAAGAACAGCUGAAUAUUUACCAUCCAAGAAAGAUCAAACAUCUGUGUUCGGACAUGGCCAGCCCUCAGAUGAGUCUGAAAACCCCUUUCAAAGACCUGACGUCAUUCAAAGGCAACAUGAAGCGGCUGUACAGGGAGCGACUGGAGGAUGCACCCAUUAAAAAGCGGGUAAUGGCGGAGAUGCACCUGAAACAGUGUAGCCUGGAAAGCGUCCCCAAACCCCCAAAGGUCAAGAAGGAGCGCGAGGAACACAGCAGCUCAGAAAUGGACAUUGAGGAAAGAGAAUUCCACGUUGUCGGGGCUUCCAAGGCUUUAGAUCUCAGCGCCGGCCUCAAGCACACUCUGGCACAGUUCACACUGAGCAGCCAGAGCUCCCUGGGAGGUCCUGCUGCCUUCUCAGCAAAAUCUGUGCAGGAGUGCACCUCUCCUGCUGGCAUGGCUCCCCUGCCGUCUCCGCCAGUCCUCGGAGGCGGCCCGCUCUUGGUUCCCUGCGACAGCUCCACAGAGCUCACCCAUUCUCUGCUCGAAGGAGAGUCCAUCUCCUGCUUUGUUGUAGGUGGCGAGAAGCGCCUUUGUCUGCCCCAGGUACUCAAUUCGGUUCUGCGAGAUUUCUCUCUGCAGCAGAUCAACGCUGUCUGUGACGAACUUUACGUUUACUGUUCCCGAUGCGAUGCUGAGCAGCUGCACAUCCUCAAGGUGCUGGGCAUCCUGCCUUUCAACGCACCUUCCUGUGGCCUGAUCACACUAACUGAUGCCCAACGCCUCUGCAACGCCCUGCUCCGCCCGGGUGUAGCCUUCUCGGCAGACCCCAACAGCAAACUGCCAGGCCCAGGCCUGCUGAAGGAGAGCGAGACCAGUUUCCAGGUCGAGCACCAGUGUCUGGGCAAGUGCCAAGGCCUGUUCGUGCCCCAAUUCUAUGUCCAGCCAGACGCUCCUUGUAUUCAGUGCAUGGAAUGCCAGCUGCUCUUUUCCCCACAGAACUUUGUAAUGCACUCGCACAAGUCCCCCGACAAGAGGACCUGCCACUGGGGCUUCGAUUCAGCCAAGUGGCCCUGCUACCUACAACUGGGCCGCAAGCAUGAGAGCACACCGGAGGAACUGCAACUCAAACAGCUGCUGGACGAGAUGAAGGAGAAGUUUCACUAUCAGCUAAAGAGGCCUCUGGACAAAAAGGUGGUGGAUGAUGACAGUCAAGGGAGGAAGUCCAGUCCUGCACCCUGCCCACCUAACAGCAAGCUGUCUGAUAGCGUCCUGGAAAAAAAGCUACCUUCUAAGGGCAACUUACAGUCUUCAGUGGCAUUCAGUCGACUGUUUCCUGACAUCAAAGAGGAACCAGGACACAGCCCCGUCAUCCACCCUAGUUACUACCUGUACACGUACGAUAAGAUGGUGGCCCCUAACGUAUCCCUGCAGAAGGAGGGGGAGGUGAGCCAUGAGGUUCUGGGGGCCCUGCUCAAACAACACUACAGCAGGAGAACACUCACCCACGACAACCAGCCCACCACAGAUCUUCCCGCAUCUCAUUCCUCCAUUGCAGAGAAGGCCAAAUCUCACAACGCGGGCGAAGCGAACGAGCGCCGCCAACCUCCUCCGUCAGUCGCCAUGGAGAUUAGCCCGGGCGGCAAGCAGCACGCCCCCAUUCCCACGGAGGGCAAAGACAGUGGAGCUGAGGACGACAAGGACAGGAUCAUGCUAGAGAUUGUGCAGAUGUACCGGCGGCAGCAAGAAAAGCUGAAUUCCACCCUUCAGAAACAGCUGCAGCUGGAGAUGGAGCUGGAGGCAGUGCGUGGGGGCGAAGCAGCUAGGCUGAGGGAGUUGUCUGCAGAGCAGCUGGAGCUGCAGAACGAGCUGGAGGCAGUGCACACUGAGCAUGCUCAGAGACUGGGGGAGGUGCGGCAGGAGCAGAGGCAGCUGGAACACCGACUCAAGCAGCUCAGGCAGCAGAGCUGUGCCUGUCUACCCAAAGAGCAGGAGGCGCAGUACAACGCACAGCUGUGUGAGCUUCGCUGCCGUUUGGAGUGUGCCGAGGCGGAGCGGCAGGAGCUACAGGAGGAGCUCUGCAGAGAACGGGAGGCCAGAGAGAAGCUGGAGCUCAUGAUCUCGCAGCUUCAGCAGCAGAUGACCCAGUCUGGCACCAAGGGGAGCUGCAGUAGUAGCCCUGCCCAGCCCCCGACCCCCUCCGCAAGCCCCCAAUCCCAGCAUUCCCUCUCUUCACCGGGCCCGGAGGUAACCUCCAGAUAAACUCCUCCUCGCUCACCCCCCUCUCGCGCACACUUCCAUGCCUGUAGCCCAGGAACACGCUCGCCCACUCCCUGCAGAGUCACAGGCAAACACAAGACAGCCUCUGCAGAAAAGAGCAGGUCUCCCAUUCCCUUUGUGUCGCACCACCACAAAAAAAAAGACUUAAGGUUUGUGCUUAAUGUAAAAAGACUUUGUGUAACCCUGCCCUCGACCAGUCGUUAAGCAUUUUUUGGAUGUACAUGUUUGUUUUAAUUUAUAGUCGUGCUGAGAGGCUGAUGGGACAGUGGAGGUAUUUUAUUCUAGGACGCUUGCCUUCUGUUGCAUUGGGAAGGUGCUCGAGUGCUUUUUCGCUUCCAGCCCUUUGGUUACAGGAAACUGACACUCACUAAAAUACUACCUGUGACAUGGAGCGCCAGGAUGCCAAACGGCAAGACGCCAAUGCUCUGCAGCAUCAAGAAACCAUGUGGAUGUUUACUUUUUUAUUUUAAUUUUGUGUCAUUGUUUCCUACAGAAAAAAUGGGAGAAAGUUUUUGUUAAUAUCACAAAGAAUAUCAGUAAAAUAUUAUUCUAUAGCAUCUUUAAAUCAUUAUACUUAAUACAAGUGAUUCAGAAACAUAGAGGGGGCCCCUUUCUGAGGCUCCCCGGUUUAAGAUCAUAAUCCUCCUCUUCCUCUCCUUCUCUCCUCCAUUUUCUUUCCCUGCUUGUCUUUUGUCUUUUCAGUCUGGUGUUGAUUAUAUGUUUCCUGUCUGCACUGCUGACCCUUUGCAGGCUGGUAUAUGACAAACAGCAGUAAGAUGCAGUAAACAAAGACUCACAUUCGCCCCCUGCUGGAGAACACUAUGAAACUCGGCCCCCAUUUAACUACAGGGAACAUCUGCAGUUGUACAAAUGAGGUUCAGCUCACUCUCAAGUUUAUGUUCAGAGAAUUUUCUAAGCACCGAAAGAGUACCUGUAGCACCAAUAAGACCUUAGUGGUUGUAGUUGCUCAGAAUUGCAAAAUCAACAUCCUAUUUUCAAACAAAGCACAUAGUAGACCUUAUAUUUGUAAUUUUCUAAGCAAAUUCGACAAGGAUCCAUUAGUAGUGCAAUUAAAGCUGUAAACUAAGCAUUGAAGUAUGUCACAGUCUUCUAUAAACCAGAGCUGAUUUUUUUUAUUCAUUAGAAAACUGCUGAUAAAUUACCUAUAAUUUUUGAACGCUAUAUUAAAUGAUUUAGCUGUCACGUAUUGGAUGUUUAGCUAAAAUAUUUUUUUUUCAUAUACCUCCUUAAUCAUUCCUCUGUGUCAUUAUUCUGGAUGACUGAACAAACCGGUCUGACAGAGAGAAGAAAAACAGACAGGAGGCCAAGGGAGGGACGUAAAGGAAUUAAUGCUGUCAUGUUAGCUCCCAGUCACUGAGGGUUGAAGAAGCCCGCUUUGUCUCAAGCGUGCAGAAUGGGGCAGCUGCCUCUGAUGCCCAAUCAUACAUUAACUGUUAGAUGAAUGAAGAAAGCUGGACACAGGAAGUGAAGUGUUUUUGUCACUAGAGCAGUUUCUUUCUCUUUCUUUCUUUCUUUCUUUCUUUUUCUUUCUUUCUUCAGUUCAGAUUGAUUGUGUAAACAAUAUAGGAUGUAAAUCUAGGCUUCUUUCAUGAUGUACAUAUCUCGUAUAGAACAUUCCACUGUGCACAACUCUUCGGAUUCAAAGUCAGCCAAGUCGCAGCAGUUUUCUAAACCUGAUAAUGUGUACAGUGCAAAACCUCUUAAGGAAAAUGUAAAGAAACACCCUGACUUAUGUGAAUACAUCUAGCGUAUGAAGAAUCAAAAAACAAAACUAUAUUGUAAAAGAGUGCCAUUUUUGAACUUUUUUUCUUGAAAUUAUUCAGAAAUUAAUGUAUUAACUAAUAAAGAUUUAUAUAUACUUUGUACAUAUGGUAGUCAUUAAUAUAUUAACUAAAUUCUUAUAAAUAAUCUUUCAAGGUUUCUGAUCACAUUUGCAAAAUUUGGGCAUAGCCCAAGCUCUGUUGUUUUGUUUUUCUUCUCUCUAAUUGAAAUUUUUUCUCAUUUCUAACUGAAGAGUAGUUGUUGAUAAAGUGUGUAAGGAUGCAUGAUGCUCAGAACCCCUACACUAUCCAGCGGGGAACGGGAACAGUGACGUAUGCUGUCCAGUGCCUCAGUGUUUCCCUUCAGUGGGUCAUCUCGUCCAUUUCAUUGGAGCCCACUGAGAUUAACAACCUGUUGUUAUUUUGGUGGUGUUCACUGUUCAGCUUUUCCUCUUCCCCAUUAUAUAUAUAUAUAUAUAUAUAUAUAUAUAUAUACACAUAUAUAUAUAUAUAUUUUUUUUUAAAUUAAGAGUUUAAAUUCUUAGAAAGAAGGGAGUAAAAUAAUGCAUGUAUUGUUCGCUACUAUAGUGUUAUGCUAAAGCAGAUUAAUUAUUGGUAAAAUACAGAAGUGAUUUUUUUUCUGUUCUCUCUCACACAUACAAGCUUUCCAACAAAUGUUCCUCCAUAUUGUCUGAGAAGAGUAGUCUUUAUGUAAAUGGGCACAAAAUGUGCUCAAGAGGCUAAUAUAGAUGCUAGAAACUUUUGAUACGAGAGGCUGUGUGUGUCAGUGACAAAUGAGACACGACUUACUGAAAAGAGCGAGGUUUUUUUUUGUUUUUGUUUUUUUUGUAAUACAAGUAUAAAUAUACAGUUUUGAUUUCAUGUGUAGUUCUUUUGAGAGAUUGUAGCAUUUGUUUUGGCACUGUAAUGCAUUACUACAGUGUCGACUACGAUUUUCAAAUUUCAAUCAGUAUUAGGUUUCUUUUGUUUUCACCACAGUUACCUCUGUAGCAGCCAGUUUCAAUGCUGUUUUUGAUAGUUUUGGGUAUUAAAAUGUAUUUCUGAAGCUUUCUAGAGUAUACCUUUUCAUUUGUAACGAUUCUAUGAAACAUGUAAAUUGCAUUUUGUACACAGGGGGGCGCUGUAUAUCUCCUAUGUAGAAUACCAUGUUAAAUUUGACUUAUGGGUAUAGGAAUACAGUACUCUUUAGACUCUUGAAACCACAAACCUGUUUUGGCUUUUGCAGUGUUAAGAAAAUGAAUACAGAUAACGUUGUACAUAUACGAGAGGUGUGAAAUGUUGAAUAUCUGAUAUGUAUAGGCCUGGUAUAGUAUAAUUAGCAAAACUGUACCUUAAAGCAAUCUAAUGCUAGAGUUUUUCAGCAAAGUUACCAUUUAUUUUGCAUUAUAGAGGAAAUAUCCCAUUUUACAGGGGACAGUGGCUCCCUUGAGCUGAUUAAUGGCAAAAGAAAAAAGAAAAUUACAAUUAUAUAAACAAAACAUUUUUUUAGAAUGGUAAAAAUACACGUAGUAUACAAAUAACUACCUGCCAGCACAGCAUGUGUCCCUAUGAUCUUGAUCACAACUUUUCUAAUGUAUAACUGAGACAUUACUACUAAAUUUUUUUUUUUUUAAUCAGACAUGCUUUUUUUUUUUUGAGAACACGCAUAACACUGUAAUAGAAACAACACCAUUGACUUUCGUAAACAGCAAAGAUAUUUUAAGUUGCAAUUCUGAGAUAUGAAAUGCAGUGUUUGUGUGUAUCAUUGCAUAAUAUGUUGCCAAUCCUACAGUGUGAUGAGAGUUUUUUUGCUGUUGCAUGAAAAUGAGACGUUGCUCUCCUACCUCAUGUUGUGAUAAGAUGUUUUCUAAAGCAGAUGACGCAUCUCAAACUGUUUAUCAUGAUUGAUAUUUACGAGUUAAAUACAUGUACAUGCUUUUAGCUGAUACCUCAGUUGUAUCUAGUGUUUUAUUGUUCAUUUCCCCUAUUUCAGACAUUGUAAAUAUAUCUUGUAUAGACAAUAAACUUGGAUUCAAUUCAAGUAAAGUUCUGUAGUGUCAAA